AAUGGUUUCAAUUAAAUAUCUACUAUUCUCUCUACUUUUUUUUCAAACAUAUCCGGAAGUUAGAACUACUUGUACAGCCGAUAUUGGUUUAAUAAUUGAUAGUUCAGGUUCAAUUAAACUACCUAAUUGGAUAAUAAUUAAGAAUUUUGCUAAGAAUCUAAUUAGGAGAUUUCACGUUGAAGGAAAAGACGGAACCAAAUUUGCUGCUGCUACUUUUGCUACCAAGGCACAUCAAAUUUUUAAUUUGAAUUCUUUUCAACACGAAUCUGAAUAUAUAAAGAGUAUAGAUGGAAUGAAAUAUCAUAAAACAAGGACAAAUACUACAGGAGGUCUGAAGUUAAUGUUAAAUGAACAAUUUACAAUUAAAAACGGAAAUAGGCCGCAUGUUGAUGAUGUAUUCAUUCUGAUUACGGAUGGUAAGCCAACAGAAAAUGAAACUCUUUUACAAGAUGUAGUUGAAAAAAUUCAUAAAGCCGGUAUACACUUCGUAGCAGUUGGCGUCACUGAAGAAAUAGAUGAAGAAUUAUUAAGGAGAAUAGUUAGGGAUCCCGACUGCAAAUUACAUCCGAAAAACGAAUAUUGUUUAUUACCUGAAAAUCCAUAUAAAAAUUUCUUUAUUUAUGUUAAAGAAUUUAAUCAAUUAACAGGUGUUAUUGAUAGAAUACUUAACUCUUCUUGUAAAAACGUUGAAAAAACUACUAUAAGUCCUUUCAUUGAGACGACAGAAACAAUACUUGAAACUUUAUCUACAGAACCUCAAAUAACUACAAUUCCAUCAGGCGAGACAACAGCAGCAAUGCUUGACAAACAAUCAACCUUAUCAACAGAACCCCAAAUAGCUACAACUCCAUUAAUUGAGACAACAGAAACAAUGCUUGAUAAACGAUCAACCUUAUUAACAGAACCUCAAAUGACUACAGAAAGAAUUAAUGGUUUCGUGUGCCCUAUGGAUAUUGGACUAAUAAUUGAUAAUUCAAAUUCUAUUAAACAUGCCAAUACAUUAUUAAUAGACAAUUGGAAGAUAAUUAAGAGCUUUUUAAAGGAUUUAAUAUAUAAAUUUCAUGUAUCUAACAAAGACAAAGACAGUGUACGCUUUGCGGCCAACAAAUUUGGAAAUAGCAGUCAGACCAUCUUUCAGUUAAAUUCCUAUCAAACAAAACAGGACUAUGCAAAUGCAAUUGAUAAUAUAGAAUUUAUUGGAGGUUUUACUAAUAUUGCGGGAGGUCUGUCAAAAAUGUUAACAGAGCAGUUUAAAGAAGAUCUAGGAAAUAGACGAAACGCUGAUGAUGUAUUCAUUCUUAUAACUGAUGGAAAACCUAAUAUAGAUGUUAGAAAAAUACCUCACGUAGUGGAAAUGAUACACAAAGCUAACAUACGAUUAAUUGCUAUUGGUAUUUCAAAGAAUGUUAAUGAAACUCAACUUAGAGAAUACGUUAAAGAUCCUGAUUGUAGCAUUACAAAACAUAGUAAAUAUUGUCCUUCUUGGAAAAAUCCUUAUAGGAAUUCUUAUUUCAAAGUAAACGAAUUUAAUAAAUUGUCAACAAUUAUUAAUGAAUUAAUAGCUAGUGCUUGCUUUCCAAGAGCCACUUUUACACCUUCGAUAUUUUUUGAACUAUCCUCCACCAAUCUUGACACUAUGACUACUGCAACGAGAGAGCCCCACCAUUGGCCUUUUAAAAGUGAGUUAUGCCUAGCAGAUAUAGGCCUUAUUAUAGAUAAUUUUCCAUCUAUUAAUGAAGUGGAGGAACAAAAAAUGAAAGAAUUCUUGAUCGAGUUAAUAAGCAAUUUCUACGUAACAGGAGAUAGAGGAACUCGCUUUGCAGCCAAUGGAAUAGCAACUACAAAUAAUCAGGCGACCUUUCAGUUGAAUUCUUAUAAAACAAUAAACGAAUAUAAUCUAGCAAUUAAUCAUUUAAAUUUUACGAAUAGUAAUGAAAAUUUAACAGUAUUUGAUAGUUUAAACAUUAUGUUUAAUCAACAAUUUACCGCAAAAAACGGCAAUAGAGAGCAAGUUAAAGAUGUUUACAUGAUAAUAACUAAUGGAAAUUUUAUUCCUAACACUCAGAUGAUUCCUAACAUUCUGAAAAAGAUAUAUAACACAACUGUUCAACUAAUAGGAAUUGGAAUUAAAGACUCUAUCAAAGGUAACCUACUCAGAGAAUACGUUAGGGAUCCGGAUUGUAAUCUCUAUCCAAAACACUUCUAUUGUCAAUCAUCCAAAAAUAUUUAUGAAUAUUCAUAUUUCUAUUUGGGAAUAAGCAACGAGAUGAGGCACGUAAGAGAUCCGUUAACUGGACGAUGUGUCGUUUGUGAUAAAGGUGGAGCGAUGCAUCCCCAUCAUUCUUCCCCGCCUUCAAAAUGGAAUCAAGCUCGGAAAGUAAUUUACGUCAAUGGAAUGAGACCAAAUACGUCACCUAACUCUUCUCCAACGCCUUCAGUACGUUACGUUAGAGACGGGUCUCCUCGUCGAGAGCCACCACCGAAGCCAGAUGUGAUUUAUGUGAAUAGAGAAUCGAGACCAAGAUCAGCUCCUCGAGAUGUCACAAUUGUACACAAAGAACCUCGGUCUAAAUCACUACCCCGAGAGACAACUUUCUACAAUGAUCGUCCACCUCAUCAACAGAGACCUGAUGUUACUUAUGUCCAUCGAGAUAGAAGUCCAUCUCCCAGAUUGAGAACAAUUGUGCACAGAGCUACCGAUAAUGCAAGCGAUAUAAGUGCAAGAUCAAGACCUUCAGUUGUAAGAGAAACUCACAUUCACGAAAGACCUAGAUCUGGAUCUACUGUUAUUUCAAAACCUAGCUCAACAGGAUUUUUCAAACACAGGUACUCAAAAACAAUUAGGCAUAGAGACGAAUCUCCUGAGCCUGGAUGUUGCGGGGGUAGUAGUUCAAAAUCAAGGGGAAGAACCGUUGUUCACAAACAUGGAAGAAGCGGAAGAAAUGGAGAUGUUGAACAUGUUUAUCAUCAUCGAAACGGCAAAGUAGAUCCAAACUAUUCACGAACAACUGAACACCACUAUCGUGGAGAAAGAACUACGUCCAAAUCCUACCAUAGCAGAGGUGGUGCACCCGAUAGUUCAUGUGGAAGACGCCAGUGUUGCGCAGUUCUUCUAACCCUCCUCUUUCUGUUGGCUCUGGCUGGUUUGGCUCUUGGAUUAUAUUUCGGAAUUAAAUCUGCUAAGGAUAAGGCUGAAAGAAAUGAUCCUGCAAACCGUUAUCCCGGAGGAUAUUAUGUUGAUGGUGUUUAUGUAUAUCCGGUUACCAGAAGACCAAGUAGACCCUAUUUCGUUCUCGGAAAGGACCAACCUUGUAAUCCUUUUAAUAAUGGAACUGAUGCUACGACUGCUGUACCAAAUUGCGCAGAAACUACAACAAGAGUGGUUUUGGCCAAUUUUACUUUGGAACCACUACCCAGUUUUAGACCAGUUUAUCUGGCAUCAGGAAACAGAAUAUCGCCUCUAUCAGUAUUAUUCGUAACUAAUUUUGGCCUAUUUCUAUUAUUGGCCGUAAAAUCACCUUUAAAUCGCUAUUAA